AUGGCGGAGAAUGACAAAGCUCUGAAGGAUUGCGAAGGCAUGAUUCAGAAGAGUCUCAAAUCUCCAAUCGUGAAAUUCUUGAGGGAACGCUUGGAGAAAUCCGGGUGUCCUGUUCAAGACAAUUUCUUCAAAGCUAUUAACUGUGAUAAGCUUCAUGCCGGCGGUUACAUUCCCGGUGAAGGGAUAGUUGUGUGUGGAAAUCGAACACAAAUGCAAGACGAGGUUACACAGGCUAUAACUCAUGAUCUUAUUCAUGCGUUUGAUGACUGUCGCGGUGCGAACUUGGAUUGGACUGAUUGUGCUCAUCAUGCUUGUAGUGAGAUUAGGGCUGGUCAUCUAAGUGGUGAUUGUCAUUUCAAACGGGAACUUCUACGAGGAUUUAUAAACAUACGAGGGCACGAACAAGAAUGCAUCAAAAGAAGAGUUUUGACAUCAUUGUCUUCAAAUCCUUAUUGCUCUGGUUCAACUGCCAAGGAUUAUAUGGAGUCUGUAUGGGAUGACUGCGUCAAAAGAAGAGUGUUGACUUCAUUGUCUUCAAAUCCGUUUUGCUCUGGUUCAACUGCCAAAGAUUCUAUGGAAGCUGUAUGGGAUGUUUGUUAUAAUGAUACAGCACCUUUCGAUAGAGCUCCUUAG